AUUGUAUUAUUUUAUUUACUGUUUAAGGACUUUUAAAUGAUUGUUUCUAUUUCAUUAUUUGUGAUCUUAGUGUCAAAACAUCUGAUUAUACUGUCCUUUGUGUUUGUGUGUAACAGGAAAGAUGAACCAUUUCUACAAACACCAUGUUAUGGAUUUGCAGUCUAUGAAGUCAGUUUCUAAGUCUCUAAAUGAAGGAAUUGCCUCGAUCUGUAACAUCUGCAAGUCCCUUAUGAAUGCACAAGUCAAUCCCACCACGGACACAUGCUCCAAUUACAAACAAAUCAGGGGAUAUAUCGAGGAUGCUGAGCAGUGCAUGAAAAAUACUGAGAAAAUGAUUCAAGAAAAACUAAAACAUCUGGAUGAAAGCAUGGAGCAACUUAUUAGAGAGAAGCAAAACGUUGAGCAGCAGAAGAAAGAAAAAAGCAUGACCAUGGAUAAAUUGCACGAAGAGAAGAAGUCCGCUGAAGGUUCAUUAGAGUAUUCCGAAGCAGCUUUGACACAGGCUAUUAAAAACCUAGAAUCAGCAAACUAUGCCCUAAGUGUACAACAAGACAGGAGGAACGCAGGUGAAGGACUGACAAUUGCAGGGGGGGUAUUGCUUGCAAUACCAAUUAUUGGAUGGAUUGCUGGUCCAAUAAUGAUUACUGAGGGACAGCGGGGAAUUGAAGAAGCUUCAAAUGCCUUGAGACAUGCUGAAAGGGAGAAACAAGACUGUGAGUCUCAAAUGUUGAACUGGAUUACAAAAGUGGUUCAUUACGAGGGAAUAAUCUCUAAGACACAGUCUGAAAUUGAGCAGGCCAAUGGAGCACUGAAGGGGAUUGAGUGGAAGAUUAAAGAGGUUCAAGAGCAUCUAACAGGCACAGCUGAAAUUCAGGAAGUGGUCAGGAGAACUGUCAACCUUCUGAGUGUUCUUAGUGGAAGAGUCACUGUGCUGGAGAGACAAACACAACAUUUCAUCCUCUGGCAGCCCGUAGUAAAGUCCAUGGAAGAUGUGAUGAAGGCAAUAGUAAAUAUUGCUGAGAAUCGGCUCCUCUAUAGUGAUGGUGUCCCAGGCCUUAUAAAUACUUUGAGGGAGAAUGUUGGAGGAUUACUGGCUUUAUGCAACACGCCCAGUAAUUCUGAAAAUGACAGCUAUUACUAAUCAUUUCAAUGUAAUUCACAUAGCAAAUGCUUUAAAGAAAAAGGGGUUAUUGGUGUUUUUAAUUGUUUUGUUUUUUUUCACUUGUGUAAAUUCACAAAUGAAUUUACAAAUUCUGAUUUUAAUCACAAUACAGAUUAUUAUAAAUCUUAACUGCUUUCAUGAAUGACUCCAUUUACAUUGAUUAUAUGACAAAUUUUAAACAUCUUAUUAAUCACUCAUAAUUAAUUUCAUAUAAUCAGUUGCUGUUUGCAUGUUUAUAGCUCAUACUGUAUAAAAAAGACAUAAGAUUAGGUUUUGGUGGCAGUUUCUGUUGUUUUUAUUUCCUGUUUCCUCAGUACCCCUAUGGUUAUUAGCAAAGCCACUUGAAGGCAACCCUACAACCUUAAGCCCGAAAAGCAUCAAUGGAGAAGAGGCUUCACUAUACUGAAUAAACAGUUUUUGUUAGAAAAUAGCUCAUCAUUUAAUGAAUCAACAGCCUGUUUGAUAAUCUUCAACAUGUUUUAUGCAAUACAAUAUGUUUAUUGGGAACUAUAUGUAAAUUUUGCCUUGAUAAAAUUUUUUUUUUUUUUUAUGAGAAGCCAGAGUAGGGAAUAUCAUGACUGGUAGGACUCAUUUACGGCAUUACUUCCAGCAAAUGUUUCACAUUAUUAGAUAAUAAUAUAUGUUGUGUAAUAUUGUGUAUUGUCUAGAAAUGUAAUUUUU